AUGAGCGGAACCUUCAUGACCAAAUCCAGCGUCCUCCGCGUCCUGCGCGGCCACACGAUCACUUACAUCACCGACCCAACCGUGGCGGCGGCGGCGGCGACCACAGCCCAUGGCCUUUUGAGGAACCAAACGAAAAGUCUGCAGUCCAGAGCUCAUUACCACCUGGGCUUCCCUUCUCAUCUCUUCAGGAAAUCCAGAGAGUGCGUCAAUGACAUCUCUCCUUCCCUCUUCUCUUCAGCCUUUUCUUCGUCCUCUUCUUCUACGUCUACUGCUCCGUUGGCGAGUAGGAUCCCGUUUGUGUCGUGGUACCUGGACAUGGUGAAAUCCCGUCCUAUAUUGACCAAGAGCGUCACAGCCUCGUUUGUUUACGCUGCAGCUGACCUAUCUUCCCAGACAUUGUCAAAGACGAGUUCUGAAUCAUAUGACCUGGUGCGGACAUCGCGCAUGGCUGGAUACGGCCUGCUAAUUCUGGGGCCAUCGCUUCAUUUCUGGUUCAACUUCGUCUCGAGGAUGUUCCCAAAGCGAGAUGUCAUGGCAACGUUGAAGAAAAUGGCCAUGGGACAGGCCAUUUAUGGACCCAUUAUGACUGUUGUGUUCUUCACCACGAAUGCACGAUUACAGGGUGAGAGUGGUCCUGAGAUAAUGGCCCGCCUGAAGAGAGAUGUAAUCCCCACAAUGAUCAAUGGUGCCAUGUACUGGCCCUUGUGUGAUUUUGUUACAUUCAAGUUCGUCCCUGUCCAUCUCCAGCCAUUGGUGAGCAAUUCAUUCUCCUACUUGUGGACUGUCUAUAUGACAUACAUGGCGAGUAAAGAAAAAGUGGCUGCGCCUGCUCCAGCGAGUUAG